AUGAAUAUAAUUCUGGAUCUCGACCAAAACGAUUAUCUUUACAACUUGACAUCAGAAACCGAUGUUUUUGGCGAACUGAUCGAUUGUUUCCGCAUAUGCAUGGAAGAUGAAAAUGCAUAUGCGGGAAAUGGAAUGGGGAUAUAUGAUAACCAAGAUCCGCUACCAGUGUUUAGGGAAUUUUUGGAUUUAGCGGAGAAGAGAGAGAGGAUUUUGCCGACAUGGUGGAAUCAGGAGAAGAGGGGUUUGCGUGAGAGGAUGGCGGGGUCGGAUGCUUGGUAUAAUAUUAAUUGCGCGGUGGGGAAGAGUGAUAUUGUGGAGCAUUAUAAGGAGGGUAUGAAGCCGGCGAAGUUGAGGAUUUUGGGGGAGAAGAUUUAUGGGAGGGGGUUUACUAUGUGA